AUUGAUUGAUGAGAAUAAUUGAGAAAUGACAAGUGUUAUGAGAUCUAACAUCAUAACGUGAUUCUAACGUCUAAAUAAAACCAAUUCUAAACAGUAAACACAGAAAUCAGAAACUUAGAAAGUUUUACUUUGAAGUUCGAUUCUGAUCCGAUAUCCGUCCCGUUCGGUUCGAGACCUCAGAGGCUCAGACCGGGUAAAAAUAAGUGUGAUAUAACUUUGUCAAUUUUUCAUAGAUAAAUAUAUAUAUUCUUCAAAGUUAUAGUAGAAUUUUAAUAGAAAUAUAUUAAGUAAAUCGAAUCGCAAUCCACAAUUAUCUAUCUUUAAUAAAGCUUUAAAGUUAUGAAUCCUAAAAGCUCCGAAGCCAGAAAUAAGAAUGAGAAACCAUUUGAAGGAUUAAAGAUAGCAAAUUCAGAAGUUCUACAUUCUAUAUCUACACGUAGCCCAUGCCCUAUGUGUCACAAAUCACGAAUGUAUUUUUGUUAUACUUGUUUUGUACCAGUGACUCAGUUGGAGGGUAAACUACCAAUUUGCAAGUUACCACUCAAAGUUGACAUUAUCAAACAUAGACGUGAAAUAGAUGGUAAAAGUACAGCAGCACAUGCUGCUGUUUUAUGUCCAUAUGAUGUGAGAGUAUACACAUAUCCUGAAAUUCCUCAAUAUAGUGAAGAAGAGAGAGUUGUCCUACUGUAUCCAGGGACAGAUGCUUGUUCUGUCAGGGAGCUGUUCACCGGCAGGAGCAGUAAAAAAUACUCUGAUUAUCUCAUUUCAGAACUGCCGCAAGGAUAUAAUGUGGGAACACUUAUGACAAAAGUAUAUGAUAAUGAUGAAAGUAAUGAGAUCUAUCACAUUUGUGAUUUGCCAGUAGACAGAUUAGUGUUGAUUGAUAGUACAUGGAAUCAAAGUCGUGGUAUCUUUGCAGAUAACAGAAUAAGAUGUAUUCCCAAAGUAGUUGUGAAAAAAAGGAUAUCUGAAUUUUGGAGACAUCAAAAGGGAAGUCCAAGGUGGUACCUUUCUACCAUCGAGGCAUUGCAUGAAUUCUUGUUGGAACUGCAUAUUUGUGCAUGGGGUCUUGAUGAAACAUAUAUCACUAAGAUCACUACAAACUUUCCAGUUCAUGAUAAAGAAAACCAUCCACAGUGUAAACCCUACAAUGGACAAUAUGAUAACUUAUUGUUCUUUUUUAAAUUCAUGUAUGAAAAAUUGCAUGCUCUUUAUAGACAUGAAAAUUUGUUGGCAUAUAAGAGGCCAAUGCAAUUAUAAUGAACUUUUAUUUAA